AUGGUACAAAUUGUUGCUCUGUUUUAUCGAACAUUUGUUUCUAAUCUGCAUUUGUUCUGCAUUUCUUCAGUCUUGCAGGUCCCCUUCCUAGUUUAUCCUGAGUUAGAAACUAGAAACUCCAUUCAGUUGCCAUCUUAUUGCCCAAUGCAGUAUUCUUUUGCUUAUGUGCUACAUGUCUCUCUGGGUACUAGUAGCUUAUUUGAGUCUAAUUAUAGCUCUGGUCCUUUGAACAACAGAGAUCGAAAUUCGAUAACAUGCCAUGAUUAUCAGGAAAUCAAAAUUCAAGAAAGUACACAUGUAUUAGGGGUCGGGGCUAUUCCUCGUUCAAUCCUCGUCAUUCUAAAAGAUGAUCUUGUUGAUGUUGUUAAAGCAGGAGAUGACGUUAUAGUCACUGGGGUCUUAACUGCAAGGUGGUCGCCUGACUUAAAAGAUGUUCGCUGCGACCUUGAUCCUGUGUUGAUUGCUAAUCAUGUGAGGAGAACAAAUGAGUUGAAAUCGGAUAUUACUAUUCCUCAUGAUGUCAUUAUGAAAUUCAAUCAAUUUUGGAAUGAGUUUAAGGAUACCCUUUUGAAAGGGAGAAAUGCAAUAUUACAAGGUGUUUGUCCACAAAUUUUUGGACUCUUCACUAUAAAGCUUGCAGUUGCAUUAACACUUAUUGGAGGUGUGCAACGUGUUUAUGCUUCUGGAACCAAGGUACGAGGAGAGUCUCAUUUAGUUUUGGCUGGAGACCCAGGUACCGGGAAAUCUCAGUUCUUGAAAUUUGCUGCAAAGUUAAGUAACAGAUUUGUUGUCACUACUGGCUUAGGAAGCACUAGUGUUGGACUCACUGUCACUGCAGUCAAGGAUGGAGGAGAAUGGAUGUUGGAAGCUGGGGCCCUAGUUUUAGCAGAUGGAGGACUUUCCUGCAUAGAAGAAUUUGAUAGCAUGAGAGAACAUGAUACAACAACCAUACAUGAAGCAAUGGAACAACAAUGUUGUUUAGUUUGGUACUUAUUAAUCAUGGCAGAAACAUAUUUCAGUACUCCUAAAUACUCGACGAAAAGAAAUAAUCAGACUAGUACAAAAUGCUAUUUCGAACCAGAAGGUAUUUUAAACGAUUUGAGUAAUGAAACCAGGGAUUCAAGUAGUUUUACAUUGUGCAAGUAUGCAAGAGGGAACAUGAGCACUUGCCAGUACUGA